AUGACUACUACCACAACCCCAGAAAGUACAACAGCUUCUACAAGCACCACCACGCCUUCAACGACAACCACCACUCAGGUUCCAUCUACAACAACUGAAAGUAGCACAACAUCAACAAGUACACAACCCCGAACGAGUACAAGCACCACAACUGUGGCCACCACUACCUCAACAACGGAAACGACUACAACUACAACAAGUACUCCAGAGACGACUUCGACAAGUACGUCUACAACCACAGCUUUGCCAACGAGCACAAGCACAACUGAAGCCCCAACUACUUCAUCAACAACACUAAGCAGCACUGCAAGUACAAGUACGGAGAGUAGCAGCACUUCUACUAGUACUCCAUCCAGUACAACAACUGAGGCUCCUUCUACCACAACCGAACAAAUGACUACUACCACAACCCCAGAAAGUACAACAGCUUCUACAAGCACCACCACGCCUUCAACGACAACCACCACUCAGGUUCCAUCUACAACAACUGAAAGUAGCACAACAUCAACAAGUACACAACCCCCAACGAGUACAAGCACCACAACUGAGGCCACCACUACCUCAACAACGGAAACGACUACAACUACAACAAGUACUCCAGAGACGACUUCGACA